AUGCUGCAACAUAAAUUUAUUUUCUAUGGCCAAUAUUUUUUGAAGAUCAAUUCUUAUUCCCGGUUGUCCUUCAUUCCUCAUCGUUCAGUUUCAUAUGAUCAACAUGAAUCUCCCACUGUACCACAUCAUAUUCAUCCAACUCCAGUAUUAAAAUUAACUGACAAACUUCCAUCAUCAUGCAAUAUACUUAUUGCUGGUGGUGGAAUUAUUGGCCAAUCAGUUGCAUAUCAUUUAAGUGAAUUAAAUGUUCAAAAUAUUGUACUUAUCGAAAAAGCAAAAUUAGCAUCGGGUUCAACAUGGCAAGGUUCUGGUCAAGUAACUCAGUUACAAAAAACACUUGUUGAAACACAUUUUACUAAAUAUUCACGAGAAUUAUAUGAACGAUUACAUAAAGAAGGACAUGAUAUUGGUUUUAUUGAGAAAGGAAGUUUAUGGGUAGCUCAAACAUCUGAUCGUCUUCAUACACUUAAACGUCAAUAUUCUACGACAAAAGCAUUAGGAAUCGAUUGUGAAAUAUUAACUCAUGAAAAAUUAAGAGAAAAAGUACCAAUUAUUGAUCCACAUGAAGUUUGGGGUGGUCUUUGGUUACCGAAUGAUUUUAUGGUUGAUCCUGUACCAUUAGCUUUAACAUUUGCUCAAUUAGCAAUAGCUAAAGGAGUUAAAAUUAUUGAAGACUGUUAUGUAGAAGAAAUUCUUACAGAAAAACAACGUACUGGACAAUCGGAUCGUGUAACUGGUGCUGUAACAUCACAAGGCCAUAUUAAAUGUGAUGUAUUUAUUAAUUGUACAGGAAUGUGGGCACGAGAACUUGGAUUUCAAACUUCACCAAGUGUACGAAUUCCUACUCAAGCAUGUGAAUAUAUAUGUUUAAAAACGAAACCAAUAGCAAAUUUUCCAACAACUAUUCCAACAGUUCAUAAUCCUGAAGAACGCUUUUAUAUUCAACCAUUAGCUGAUCAUAGUGUAUUAAUUGGUGGUUUUCUGCGACAAUCAAAACCUAUUUUUUCAAAUGGCGUUCCAGAUACAUUUCAUUUUUCGCUUCUACCCGAUAAUUGGGAUGAUUUUCAUUGGAUAUUAAGUAAUACUAUCAAACGAUUUCCUAUUCUAGCUGAAAGUGAAUGUGAAACAUUAAUUACUGGUGCUGAUAGUUUUACACCGGAUGGUCGAUUAAUAAUGAAUGAAUCAGCUGAAAUUGAUAAUUAUUUCGUUGCAUCUGGUUCUAAUGGACAUGGUAUAGCACUUGCUGGUGGUGUUGGAAAAUAUAUAGCUGAAUUAAUACAUAAUGGAAAUACAAAUUUAAGUACAUGGCCUGUUGAUAUACGACGUUUUAUGCGUUUACAUACCAAUAAACGAUUUCUUCAAGAUCGUUUACGAGAAAUACCAGGAAAACAAUAUUCAUUGAAGUAUCCAACUUAUGGUAUGUCAUUAUAUCGAACAGGACGAAAAUUACGUGUUUCAGCAUUACAUCCAAAAUUACAAGGAGCUGGUGCUGCUUAUGGCGAAGUACUUGGUUACGAACGUCCACUAUUUUUUAAACCAGACGAAGCAGGAAAAAAAGAUUUUGAAGAUUUAAGUAAACAAGGUACAUUCGGUAAAGCACGAUGGUUUAAUACAGUUAAAAAAGAAUAUAAUGCAUGUCGAAAAGGUGUAGCUGUUAUUGAUAUGACAUCAUUUACAAAAUAUGAAUUAAAAUCAGCAAAUCGAAGUGUUGUGGAUUUUCUUCAAAUGCUUUGUGCAAAUAAUAUUGAUAAGCCAAUUGGUACUGUUGUUCACACAGGAAUGUUAAAUGAACAAGGUGGUUAUGAAAAUGAUUGUUCUGUUAUACGUCUGGGAGAAUAUCAUUUUCUUUUGGUGAGUCCAACAUCACAAUCAACUCGCAAUAUGAAAUGGCUUAAAACACAUGUACGAGAAGAUAAUUCUAUUUUUCUUUCGGAUGUAACUUCACUUUAUACAGCAUUGAAUGUAAUUGGACCAAAAGCUAAAUAUUUACUAUCUGAAUUAAGUGAUGAAAAUUUUAAUGAUUUUGCAAGAAUGACUUGUCAAGAAAUUGAUGUUGGUUUUGUUAGUCACAUAUAUGCAAUGCGAUUAACACAUACUGGUGAAGAUGGUUUUAUGCUUUAUAUUCCAUCAGAAUAUGCUUUAUGUGUGUACGAUAUGUUAAUGGAACAAGGUAAAGAUUAUGGAAUCAUCAAUGCUGGAUACUUUGCUCAACGAACUCUUCGAAUUGAACGUAUGUACCCAUCUUGGGGACACGAUAUUGAUAAGAAAACAACACCAUAUCAUUUAAAUCGAGAAUAUCAUAUAUCAUAUGAUAAAAAUUUUAUUGGUAAAGAAGCUUUAUUAAAACAAAAACAAGAUGGUAUACAAAAACGAUUUGUUCAAUUUCUUCUUGAAGAUCAUAAGCUUGAUACAGAUCCAUGGCCUUGGAGCGGUGAACCUAUUUAUCGUAAUGGUGAAUUUUGUGGAUUUGUUACUUCUGCCGCAUUUGGCUUUACACUUGGAAAACAAGUCUGCUUAGGAUUUGUUCAUGCACCUUCUUCAGAAAAGAUCACAGUCAAUUAUAUUCGUGGAGCUACAUAUGAAAUUGAUAUAGCAACGAAACGAUUUAAAGCACGUCCUAAUGUCUAUCAACCUACUGAAAUGGGUCCUACAGUUCUACUAUAUACAAAUUAA